AUGGUGUUUGUACUAGAUGUGGCAGCAGUACGUCAAACAUUCCUCGAGACGGGGGAACUGCCAGCAGGCUCUCGCCUUGCAGCGUGGCAACGUGCUGUACAGCCUGGUGCAGCGGACUCGGCAUCCAUGUACGCAGUGCAGACGACGUCGCGUUCUCUACCAAGUCAGGCUCAACUGCGCAAGGAGGUGGAGACGUUGUGCUCGCGCAUCUUUUCCAGCGCAGCUCACGCGCGAGUCCUAAGCGAAGUGGGCGACAGUAUGCGUGGCACGCAUUUACUCUUCAUUGACAGUGCCGAAACACUACUCACUCACCUGUGCACGCAACUCGAUAUUGACUACAUGCCGGGAAUGGCGUUCACUUUUGCGCCUCUGCUGCUCGCGAGCGGCAGUGAACCUCUACACCCUGAAACUGUGGAGACUCUAGCGGCUACGUGCCGUCGGUUUUUGCCUCAUCUGGGCAAGAAGAUGCCUCUCCACUCCUCAGCUACUGGUCGACGUCCGCUAUUGAAGCGCAUGCUACUCUAUCACGCGCCACGACUCGCCUCCCACCUUCACGAGCAUUUUCCAACAUGGAACCACGCGCCACCGGGAGAGUACGAUGGAACGAAAGGAAGUGGUGCUAUUCCAGACUCGUGGCUGGCAUCUUUCUUUGAAAACGAAGGGAUGGUGAGCGAGCCCGCCAACUUCGACUUCCUGCUGAAACUUUGGGACUGCAGUAUGAUGCUAGAAGCGUUCUCCUCGAAUGAGGACGCACCGCUUGCCACACCCUGCUUCAUCACACUCUACGGCAUCAUCAAGUCUGAGAAUGCGUUGUUGCGGAUGGAAGGCGAGCAGCUACGCCACUGCAUGGUGACCACGGUUGCGGAAACCUUAUUGCGUGGUGAAGUGACGAAGAGCCAAGUGUUCGUCAAGGGUAUCCGCCGACUGAUGGAUGCAACACCUCCAUGUUUUACCACAAAACUUCGACGUGCGGGAGUGCCACCGCCACCGGUAGUUGAAACUGAGGCGGAAAAGUCUGCAGAUACCGCAGCUUCGGCUGCCUCAACCAACGGCUUUGGCAUGAACACGUUGCUGUCGGCGUCUACGCAAGGCUUGAAGGACGUGUCGAACCUGAUGAUCGAUAUGCCGGUGAAAUUGAUGAUCGACAUGCCUGUGAAGCUGCUGACAAUGGUGCCUCUGAACCCCAUGGCGGCUCUGUCGUCACCGAAUUCCAACUCACUCACAGAUUCUCCCGAGACCCAGCAGCUAUUCUACUUGCACGUGCAGGCUAUGGAGGUCGCGGCUGUCUCGGCAACGCUCGAGUGCAGAGAAGUCAUUCCGUCCGUGUUUGGAGGAAUCACUGGUCACGAAACAGGUUCCCUUCGGUACUUCAUCAUCGACUGUCGUGGAGUGGAGGAAAUGCGUGGAGGACAGGUCCCCACCGCCUUCCGCUUUGAUCCGGACGCUGUAUCGGACUCUGCUAUACUCGACCAAGUUCUCGCGACGCUGGGGCCUCUAAAGAGCGCCGGCGUGCACAUUUGCGUCAUGGGACACGGCUACGCUCACAUUGCCGAGGAGCUGCGUCAAUUCCAGCAGAAGCAGGGCGUGGCAUCAGCGUCGCCGUUCUCCCUUAGCGAGGGCUUCCUGGAGACGUACGCGAACGACCAGUCCCGCGUUCAAUCCACCAUCGACUUCUUGCUCAAGCACGAGUUCCCCCGUGUAAGCGUCCUGGAAGGCGGCUACUCUGCAGCUCACGGCCACCUCUUCCGGUCCCACAGCUUGACUGUUGAUGACUUGGCUGACCACGAUACGCCCAGCUGCAAGCUUUGUCAGCACGACCGUAGCAUGGAGGCCGUUCACCCCGCUGCUAUAGGCGAUGCCUUGAACGCACCGGGCGCUGAAGAGAAGAAGGAGUCCAUGCACGAAGGCGACCCGGCCAAUGCGAGAACUGCAAGCUCAAGAACCAGUGAAGUUCCAUCGGGUAUCGCAAUGGACGACUCCGGUUUCACGGAUAUUAAUCUUUCUCCGGCCGCUGCCAACACCAAAAGUCCACCAGGAGGCUCAUACUAUUCCAGCUUUGCUGGUGCCUUCAAGAGCGGAAGCAAGACGCUCUUGAGCCCUACGGUAGACGGCACCAAAUGGCUACUCAAGAAGUCCGCAGCGACCACAGCCGAGUUCGCGAACGCUGCUGCGAGCAUGGGCAACCUGGGCAACAAGAAUCGAACGGGUAGCAUGCAAGGCGCUGCAGCGGUUGGAAAGACCCCCGCUGCCCCUGCAAAGGACACCAAGCCGGCCAUGCCGAACCUCAACAAGCUUCGGAACUCUCUCGCUGCCAUCGGCUCUGAGAGCCUUGACAUGCUCAAGAAGAUGGAGCACGCAGUUGAGCAAGCAGCUGUGGCGACCACCACCACCACAGCGAAGGUGCGGGUCCCAUUCCCUUCGACCAUUUCGCCCUCCUCGAAGGAUGCAGCACCUGCAGCGACGAAGUCGCCUCCUCCCAGCGUUACUGGCGCCUCCACACCUCCAGCACCGCGUGCGUCUCUCUCAUCUGACCCAGCUCACAGCAAGUUCUUCCACCAGUCGACAGACGAGAUGUUCACGAUCGAUGAUGGCGAUGACGACGAAGACCAUGAGGGACAUUUUGUUCAGGACGAAGCGAGUAACAGCCGUACGUCCUCCUCCACGUCGAGUUUCGUGAGAGAUUCUCCGGUCGCUGGCGGUGGGGUCGGGCCUGUGCAUGAAGUUGUCAAGGACCACAUCGGUGACCUGAAGAAGGGGAUGACCGUGAGUCGCAUGCAAACGUUACCUUGUGUGAGCAGUCCGUUCUUCGCGUGCUACAAGAAGAAGGCGCCGACUGGAAAUAGUGGCGCGGCUUCGCACUCCAGCAUGCACCCACGCCGCAUCGUCGUAAUGGAGAACCACCUUGUCGUCCUCAAGUCUGCAACGCGCAACGAGGACGACAUGUUCAUCGUGAAAUCUUGCCACCCGCUUUCGCACAUCACGAGGAUGACGUGCCUCAAGAAGAACGCUCUCAUGGUGAGCAUCUACUACAAGUGGAAAGCGGACGACGGGCAGAUUAUUGAACGACGCAAUUCGUACGAGGUGCAGCAGCGUGACGACUUUAUCAAGGCCGUCAAGUCCACCAUGGACAAGAUGUGA